AUGGCGACCCCGCCUCCGGAGGCUCCUCCGGUGCUCAAGGAGGAGAAGCCUCAACUACCCCCGUCGCCAAAUGGCAUCUCUUCUGUCGAUGUUGAUCGCAAAGGCGUGCAGGGCAUUGUAGCCGAUUCUAAGCCAGAUGUGGCCCCUGACGAGAAAAUGGCUGACUCGACUAAGCCUACCUCAGUGAAUGGCCACGAAGCCACCGUUCCAAAUGGAGUCAAUACAACAUCUCCCCCGAAGUCGCCGACAGCACCACCCGAGGAAAAUAAGACUCUAAGCGCUGGACCUUCUGCGACGGAUAAUAUUAAAGAGGAAUCAACUGGUGGGCAACAGCCUGCCGACAAGGCUAGCGCUGAUAAUGAUACCUCUCAAAAGCUGGAACCAAAACGAGAUAGCCCAAGGCCAACAACGGAUGCGGACAAUAGUAGGCAGCCGCAGGGCUCUCCUUCGAAGACGGAGCUUCCCCAUCACCCUUCCGCGACUGCGAAGCCUGAAGGUUCUUCGGAAAAUACUGUGAUCACCAAGCCCCCAUCGCUGCCGUCCUUGCAGAAUGUUGAUCGGGAAAUGCGCGAUGCGCCAGAUGUUCCGGUUUCCCCAACAAAGCUAUCCAGGGAACGCGAACCGGAUCCAAGCGAUGAGCCUGCCGCGAAGCGUACUAAGAUUGGAGGCGGAGUCUCUACGCCGCCUGUUUCCAAAGCCCCUGCGACUCCCGGUCCCGUGACUGAGCGACGUACCGAUGUGGCAACAAAUGGAAAUGCGACUAUGACUAGGGUCCAGCACAAGUUUCUUCUUAAAGGGAUUCAAAGCCUUAAGCGCAUGAAUGACUCACGCUUUUAUCGGGAACCAGUCGAUCCAAUAAAGAUGAAUAUUCCCCAUUACCCACAGAUCAUUGGACAUCCUAUGGAUCUUGGCACAAUUGAGAGGAAGCUGAAAAUUAAUGAAUACAAGUCGGUUCAGGCCGUUGUUGAUGACUUCAACCUCAUGGUCCAAAAUUCGUUGACGUUUAAUGGCCCGGACCAUAUUGUUGCGCAAGAAGGGCAGAAACUCAAGGCUACUUUUGAGAAGCAGAUGAUCAACUGCCCUAGACCUGAUGAGGUGGAGGAUAAAAAACCCAAGAAGUCUUCUCCUAAGACUUCAGCAGCACGACGGGAACCACGAACGAGUAUAGGACAUGCUGCGCCCCGUCCAACUGCUGCCUCCCCCCAGGCUCAGGCUCAGGCUACGGCUACUACCUUCGCAUUGGGACCAGAAGGUCUACCUGUUAUCCGUCGCGAUUCUACUAAUGUCGAUGGACGCCCUAAGCGGUCCAUCCAUCCUCCAAAGCGUGACCUUCCCUACUCGACGAAGCCGAAGAAGAAGAAGUAUCAAUGGGAGCUGAAGUUCUGCCAAGAGGUUCUAGAUGAGCUUAAUAAGCCGAAGCAUUUCAACAUUGCGGUCCCAUUCUAUCAGCCCGUUGAUCCGGUCGCAUUGAAUAUCCCUACCUACCACAGCAUUAUCAAGAAACCAAUGGAUCUCUCGACUGUACAGACCAAGCUUAAGACUGGUCAAUAUGAAAACGCCAAAGAGUUCGAACUGGAUAUCCGCCUGAUCUUUAAGAAUUGUUUCAAGUUUAAUAUUCCAGGCGACCCCACGUAUCUGGCUGGACAAAAAUUCGAAGAACUAUUCAACUCUAAAUGGGCCCAGAAGACGCGCUAUCUGGACGCCCAUGAACCGCAUCCAGAACAUCACAGUGGAAAGUCUGACUCUGAAUUUGACGAGAGCGACGAAGAUGCGGACGAUAGCGAUGAUGAUACAGAAAUCCAGGCGCUGCAGCAGCAGAUUGCGGAAAUGACGCGCAAGAUGGAAGCUAUUGCACAGAAGAAGAAGAAGACACCGCCUGGAUCAAAGAAGGCUGGGAAGCUCAAGUCUGCCAAGAAAGACGUUAAAAAGGCCGGAACCAUGAACUUGGCUAAGAAAGACAAGAAGAGCAGUACCAAGCCAGCGAAGCCUGAGAAGCAGCGCUGGGUUACAUAUCAAGAGAAGCAAAUCAUUUCCAACGGCAUUAGUAGCCUUCCGGAUAAGAAGAUGCAGGAAGCGCUCAAGAUCAUCCAAAACAAUGUCCCAGCUCUCAAGGGCACCCAAGAGACAGAGAUUGAACUUGAUAUCGAUGAGCUUCCCAACGAUGUACUGCUGAUGCUGCUCAGAUUCGUCAAGAAGAAUGCGCCUCACGUUAUGGAAGACGAAGAAGUGGUGACACCCACUACUAUGAAUACUACUGCGGCUGCCCCCAAACCAAAGAAAAAUAAGCCCAUGAGCAAAUUCGAACAAGAAGCUCAGAUUAACAUGCUCGAAAGCAACCUGUCCCGUUUCCAGGGUGGCGGUCGUUCACCGGAUCCAGUUCCUUCCGUUGAAGCUAACGAAAGUAGCGACGAUUCGGAAGAUGACUCAGAAGAGAGUGAGGAGGAGUAA